UGUUUUUUUUUUAUUUUCUUAGGUUCUGCUCUGUUUUCUAUGUUUAGAGUUCUGCUUUGCUGUCUCUCUAGUGAUUGAUUACUGAUUUAAAAAAGUGAAUUGGGUUUGGGGAAUUGGAUCUAAUUGUAAUGGAAAGGAACUUGGAGUUGGUUGGGAAGUCAAGCGAGGAUGUAAGGAGCUCUACAAGACUCAGACUCAAGCCUUUGAGGAAGCCGAAGACUAGCCACAAGCAGAAGAAGAAGAAAGCUACUAAAGUCCAUGAGAAGAUGCCCAAGAAACCUCCCACUGCUUUCUUCUUUUUCUUGGAGGAUUUCAGGAAGCUAUAUCAAGAGGAGAAUCCUGAGGUCAAGUCCAUGCGUGAGAUUGGGAAGACAUGUGGAGAGAAAUGGAAAACAAUGACUUACGAGGAGAAGGUAAAGUAUUAUGAUAUAGCCACUGAGAAAAGAGAAGAGUUUCACCGAGCAAUGACUGAAUAUACUAAGCGAGUGGAAUCAGGUGAAUUUGAUGAAUCAGAGACCGAAUCAGACUUUUCUGAAUAGACCCACAUUAGAAAAACAUUUGUUCUAAGCCUUCUAAUAACAUUUAGAAGUUUGUUUUUGGUUGAGAUCUUUUCUUUCCUUGACACUCCUGUUGACUGCACUUUGAGAUUAAUAGAAAUUAACCAGUUUCUCA